CACCGGCCGACCAUCCACCCCCAGCCGACACCCCACAAUCUUAUGCUGCUUUUCUCGACUGUCACUAAUCUCUAGACUGGGCUCGUUUGCCCUUCCCACAUGUUACAUUAAUUUUAAUGCCUUCUUGACAACACCGAUCCUCAAUUCGCGUUUGUUUACAUCGCCAUGGCUGCGACAGGCGCGAGGGGGCAGAAGCCUGUUGGCUCUGCAGCCUGGAUCUCAUCCGAGAAAGAGAACUGCAUGCAGCUUGUGGAUCAGGAAAUGGAAGAGGUCGAAUAUCCUGUGCGCCAUGAGAUGGACUGGUUGAACGAGCACAUGGCCGAGAUUUUCUCUUCGAACCAAUUCAACCUUACGGAUGCGUUCAAGACUCCUGGCAAGUUGCGUGGCAAAACGCCGCGGACUGCGCGAAAGCGCGAUGCGACCGAGCCUCGUGUGCCUUUGAGCGAGAUAUUCUCUUCCGUACACAACAGCAAACCCGAAACCAAAUCGGAGAGCAAGCUUGAGAGCAAACCUGCUGCUAGCCCGACAGUCCCGGCAGUUCAACGCUCACCCGCCAAGACACCCGUUGCGUCGCCCCCUGCAGCACCGACCCCGGUGGCCGAACCUGAAGAGCCCGUUAGCAAGGACGCAGCUCAACCCGACUAUCCCGAUUUGAGCAAGAAUCUCAAUUCCUUCCCGGAGUACAAUACCGACUCAGGCUAUCAUGGCAUGCCCGAUGCCGAAGACAUGGAGGAAGAUAUCGAUGAUGAUGUUGUCUUGACACAAGUACAGACUGAAUCCCAAUCGUCGACGCAACCGGUGGAUACCGAGCUUAUCGGUACCGAAAAUCAGGCUCACUCACCAAAUGAGCGCCGUAUGACCGCUAGCUCUUUCCAUUCUGCUCAAGAGAAUGUGCGCCAUCGAGGCGAAACAGUCGAGCCUGAGCGAGUUGAACCGUCACCGGAGCGGAGCACAAACUCUCAGACACAGCAAACAGAACCGGAAGAACAGGAGGCCGCUAUCACACCGACGCCUGAAUACGGAGAGCAACCCGAAUUGGAAACUGCGACAAAGCCCGACAAUGAGCCCAAGCCUGAGACCGAUCUUCAGACUGAACCCGCACCCGAGCCCGAGUUCGAGCGCGAUGAGCAUGAGGGACAUGAAGAGCGAGAGGAGCGCGAAAAGUCUGAACCUGCGCUUGAAGAGAAUGUCGAGCCGCAACAGGUUCCAGACCCCGAGAACAAAUCCGAACAACGGGUAGAUAUGCAACAGGAACCGGAUGAGGAGGAGGAGGAAGUUCUCAAGCCCAGCCCUCUGGAACAGUCAGAGAAGGAGCCUGGCAAAGCUCUGGAGGCGCAUUCACCUGCCAAGACUCCCACCGCACCUGCCGCGAAGUCCGUACAGGAAGGGAAGGAGGAGAAGGACAAGGAUAAAACGGUUCUCGAUGUCGAUGAUAUUGGCUCCCCUUCGGAUGCCUCUCCCCCGGCACGAGCCCCGAUCCGCAAGAGUAGCCUUUCAUUCGCUUCACUACCUGCACGCGAGCCAUUGACCAAAAAGAGUCUGGGUGGUUCGAGAUUGUCUCGCACAAGUCAUCUCGAGAUUUCCAAACUUAGUAGCGGAGGGAGCUAUCUCGGAAGGCAGACUGGAGGACACAGAAACACACAGCCUGCCGCGGAGGACGAACACACCAACAAUGACAGAAUGGAUAUUGACGACAGUAAAGAUUUGACUGACGAGGGAGAAUCGGAUAUCGAUACGAGAGCCAGCAAGCUCCAUGCCAAGUCCUCGACUCAGAGACUGCAUGAGAAAAUCAGCAUGCUCGGCAAACUACAGCCGUCGCGACCGACUAAAUCUAUCCCCGCAGUCUCGCGCUUGUCCACAGCUCAGGUUACCUACCCUGAGUUGCCAAUCUCUAAGCCCGAUACGAGACCGGAUAUCUCUAAUUCGAAGCCCCGUGAUGCGCAUGCCGCAGCGCCCAUGCAACUUGACGAUGAUUGGAUUAAACCAAUGAACUCGCCUUCCCGAUCCACGGCACAGUCUCAUCGGAGAACUGAUAGCAAAGACGCCAAACUCUCGGGAGCUAGAGCUCUGCGGGCUGCCGAGGAAGAUCGCUCCCCUGUUGCUCUUGAUAAUCCAAGAAGUGCGGCAGGAACGACGAGACCAUCUGCCAACCGCGCCUCUGACGGAGGUCGUGGAAAGUCAACAACGCCUCUCUACUCUUCUCCGCAGCGGCCAACUCAUCAGAAGAGUGCGUCUGCGCAUAUCGACUCUCAACUCUCAACUACGCCAGUUGGAUCACCUGCAGCGGAACGCUGGGAUGGCCCGUUGAGUGCGUCCAAGUUUAGACUCCAAUCAAUCGUGCAGUCGGCCAAGGGCUUGUUCACGAAUACCGGAGGCUUAGCCGCUGCCGCUCGGAAAGAAGCAUCCUCACCCGAACAGCCGAGAUUGCGACCAAGUGGUCGGCCCAUCAGCGAGCUCAGGGAUGCUAUGCAGCGACCACAAUCUGCUCAUCUCCUGAGCCCCCCGCGACAGGAUGGCCGUAGGACUCGCAGCUCUACCGAGAGAGAAGAGAAGCGUAGGCAGAUGGAACGUGAGGAACGCCAACGCGAAGAAGAACGCCGCCAAGAAGAGGAACGCCAACGCGAAGAGGAACGCCGACAAGAAGAGGAACGCCAACGCGAAGAGGAACGCCAGCAAGAAGAGGAGCGUCAACGAGAAGAGGAACGUCGACGUGAGGAGGAACGUCAACGAGAAGAGGAACGCCGAAGAGAAGAAGAGCUGGCUCAGAAGGCCCGGCAACAAGAAAAACACAGAGCUAUGCAACUCCGGUCUGCACAGGAAAAGUAUCCUGCUGAUAACGAGUCCCGUGCAACUUCCGAGGCACCCGCCGCACCAACAACCCAGAGAUUGCCCCAAUUACAAAAAUCAUCCAAGGAAACGGAGGCUGUUGUCGAGGCUGGAUCCAGAACCAUUGUUCCCAGCUCCAUCCCCCAACAACAGCAAACAAAGGGUCGACCUGUCAGACCUACCCGCGAAACUCUUCAGAAGCCCAAGCCUCAGCCUGUCUCCAUUCGUGUGGGCAGUGCUCUUUCUCGGCCCAUGACACUGGCAUCUUCCACUAUGUCUUCCGGGGUGAGGGAGUCUAGCGUCCCCGCCCCGACCCCGGCCAAGCAACCUACUCUGAAGAAAAAAGCCAGCAACUCUUCGUUACAUACUGCUUCAUCCAAUAGCAGCUUCAAGAGUUCUAUGUCUGCUCAGUCGCAGCGUAAGGCUCAGCUCGCGAGCGAAAGGAAGCGAGAACAGGAUGAACGUGAGGCACGGCGUCGAGAGGAGCAGCGCCGUGAACUCGAACGCAAGCGUGUGGCUCAGCAGCAAGAAGAAGCUCGUCGCCAGGACAUGCGCAGUCGGGCAGAAGCCGAGCGGCGCGAGCGACUUGUAGCCGAAGAUCCUAAAAAGGCGGCGCAAAUCCAGGCAAUUGAGAAGCGGAGACUGGAAAGCCAACGUAGACUAGAGAGGCAGGGAAGCCAACAGCCUGACAACCAUCCUGUCGAGAGACCGGCCUCUCAAGCAGCCCAGCGAAGUGAGAUGGGGGCUACAAGGCCAGCUUCUCGCCUCGGAUCAAUCCAGCCCUCCUUCCGCUCCAUCAACCCACCGCAACCCAAUCCGGCCAAGCCUCCCAAGAGAGGUCUGGAUGAGGAGGCUAAUCAGCGACCUACAGCGUUGAAGACGGGCACUAUGCAACCGGCGGGCGAGUCCAAACGCAGAAGGACAGAGGACGAACAGAAUCGCAUGUCCUCAAUGCGCCCCACCAUGGCUCCUCCAAUCCGCCAGUCCAACAUCCGCAAGGAGCCCAAGAAGCCCUCAUUCUACAGCCAUACUCAGCAACCAGCUUCCAUUCUCAAGACUGGACAAACGCAAAGACCUGCACACCCUAUGGACAUGACCAAAUAUGCCAGUGGCAAAAUUCCCUUCGCGGAACCACCAAUGGCACCGCCAGCUGCUGCGCACCGAACGCCAGCUGCGAGCUCGUCGCAGAAACAUGCAGUCAAGGAAUCGCCCAACUAUCCCAACGGCGAGAAUAUCAACCUGCCCGAAAUUGCCACGGACAGCGAAGACGAGGACUCGGAUGCGGAGAUGCUACCUGUUCCCAAGUGGGCCCAGCCGAAAGAGUUGGAGUCUUUGUUGCGUCAGCAAGAAGGCAUGGAGGCAGAUUCUAUUUUUGGACCCAUUGCACCAUUCUCCCUGGAGGAGACCUUCAAAGGGGACAAGAAGAUCAAGAAAUUCCGCGAGCGCACUAGUAGUGCGCACUGGUCUGGACCGGACGGACUGACGCAAGAUGAGAUUCGACGCGACCUGGCUGAGCGUCAACGCUUGCGACUCAAUGGCGGCUGGACCUUCAACUGAACUGCUGUUAUCCGCUUUCUCACGCUUGUGCGAUACAUGAUGGCUUUCUUUUUCUUUGUUUUCUCUCAAUGAUGCCAGGGCUUUAUUUUUUUUUUAUCUGGGGGUAAAUCUGGGACUUUUGCAGCCGGGGUUCUGCGAGGAAGGGGCUGAUAGGCAUAACUGGUCUGGCGUUUGUCGUAUUCCGACUUAGGUUUCAUGUUGUAGCUACAUCAUACAAUUACUUUAUGCAUGUACCCAGUGGACUGUUCUCGCCAUUCUUUCGGUCUGGAUUGUCUGAAGGCGGCCAUUGCGAGGAUUCUCGAUCAUCGACAUUGGAUUAGACUCGGGGGCGAAGCAUCAGAAAGUCG